AUGCUCUGGAAUGCAUGCCUCUUCAGCUUCCUGCUACCCCCACAGAGUGUGGACCGCUCGGCCUUUAAGAUGACCCUCAUCUUAGGCUACACCGUCUUCCUGUUGCUUAUGAAUGACUUGCUGCCGGUCACUGGCGACACCAUACCACUCAUAAAUGUUUUCUUCUCUCUUUGCCUGGCUCUGAUGGUGGCCAGCCUGUUGGAGACAAUCCUCAUCACCAACCUCCACUCAAGCUCCAGACGCCUUGCUCCUGUCCCCCGCUGGGUGAGAGUCGUUUUCCUUCAGACCCUGGGGUGUUGUGUUGGUCUGCCUUCAAAGCCACCAAAAGAACAUUCAACAGAUCCCAAUGAUGCAGUGGAGGAGGGCGGCGUUUACAUGAAUCCUCCAGGGGGCAAACAUCUAGUAGACACAACCCUGGACGCACUGAGGACGUUGGGCAGAGACCUCCAGGCCAUCCGGCGGCAGGUGGACCGGCAGCAGAGAGGGAACCACAACUCUGAGGAGUGGACCCAGGUGGCAGGCGUCAUCGAUCGCUUUCUGUUUUGGCUCUAUGCCGUCUUCAUAAUAGUCAGCUUUGUAGUCAUGAUUUGUAUCUGGGCCUCUUCAUGCAGGCUCAAUUUUCACUGCGACAACGACUUCGACAGGCUGAUGACGUGUGCGUUCAAUCCCCCGCCCGACGAUCCGAGCUGCGCCGAGUACACACUCAACACCCGAGUGGAAGUAAAACCCAAAGCCCCAAUACUAACUUCGGUGACAAGAGAAAAGGGGAAUUAUCUGGUGGCGUGGGACACAAAGUACAAUGACCCCUCCUUCGAGCUGACGGUGUGGCUGAACUACCGCAAAGAAGGAGAGAACGGCACGGAAGUGGACGUUUCAUUCAUGGAGUCUUAUGAGAUUUUGGGCAAGUCCCUGGAGCCGAGAACAGAGUACCUGGUCAGCGUGCAGAGCAACUCUGCCGAUCCGUUUUCUGGACGCACAACCCUGGACGCACUGAGGACGUUGGGCAGAGACGUCCAGGCCAUCCGGCGGCAGGUGGACCGGCAGCAGAGAGGGAACCACAACUCUGAGGAGUGGACCCAGGUGGCAGGCGUCAUCGAUCGCUUUCUGUUUUGGCUCUAUGCCGUCUUCAUAAUAGUCAGCUUUGUAGUCAUGAUUUGUAUCUGGGCCUCUUCAUACAGCAAAUAAAAUAAUGUGUUUAGACAAGGGUUCCAUAAAUGUUAUAUAGCGGCCAAGAUUUGUGUUGCCUUAUGUAGUCUUCUAGGUAUUCUUUCCUUAUAUUCGAAAUGCAUUUGAGUAAGUUUAGUCAGUAUGAUUGUUACUUAGGAGAGGUUCAAUACACCAUUCCAGGCAUCACUUUUUGUUUGAUUAAUGCUAUGCUUUAAAAUCUGCCAUCGUCCAAUUUGAUUGAAUCAAAAUAAAACAUUUUGAUAAUUUUGUUUUAUUUUACAAAAAUGACUUGCAUAUAUGUUGUUGGUGAUGUUAUUGUUAUGAAUUAUUUUAAUAUGAACAAGGGAGAGUAAUAGGGAAGGGUCUGAGUUUAUUUGUAACCCGUAAAGAUAUUUAAUCACCAUGCAUUUGAUAAAAAAAAGAUUUAAUUGAACGGAACAGAAAAUGUUGUAUAGCUUGCUAGACUGGCUUUAAUGUAACCUUUCAACAGAACACCACUUCUGGAAAUUUGACUUUCAUACAUAACGGUGUAUAUUUUCGAAGUUUUGCAAACAACAUGUGAACAUUGUGGGUUAGUGUUGUGUUUUUAAGUUGAAAAGCAUGCAUUUGACGCUGAUUGCAGGAUUGGUGCCUGAUUCUGCGUCAAGUGCUCUGUUGGUUUGUCUAGGCUCUGUGAAGCCUGGUCUACUAUGCUGUAGACACUGUCAGUUAACUUCCAUAUCUAUCAAUUGCCGUUUGCUGCUUUUAAAUAAACAGAGCCGUUUAUAAUAGGCACAUAAUG